CAUGAGACUUUCUGUCAUACUCCCAAACACUAGACGGCGACAUGCGGGUUUAGUCGGUACAUGCCUAACCAAGGAUGCAAAGAAGUCACACAGAAAGACGCGAGGAGUAGGAAGUAACUGAACUGAACAUCCCACAUAUUCACAAUGAACCUGGAGAGACUUCCAAACGAGGAGAAACUUAACCUGUGCAGAAAGUAUUACUUGGGUGGAUUUGCCUUACUGCCAUUCCUGUGGUUGGUCAACGUGGUUUGGUUUUUCAAAGAAGCUUUUUUUAAGCCAGCUUUCACCGAACAGCUCCAGAUAAAAACAUAUGUGAAACGCUCUGCAGUGGGAUUGCUGUUGUGGGUGGCAGUCCUCACCACUUGGAUCACGAUAUACCAGCAUUACAGAGCCGAGUGGGGUGAAAUGGGAGAUUACAUCUCCUUUAAUAUUCCACUAGGCAUUCCUUGAGUCCCUUUAUUUGACUAUAAUAUUUUUUUUUCUCCUUAAGAUGAAUAUUGUGUUCAAUCAAUAAUUCCAACUGGGUGUAUGUGUAAAAAAAUAGUUGGUUAAAGUUACAUGAUUUAGUUCUAUCAAGACCAAUUGUUAACGCAAGAUAUCUUAACUUUUAGCAAAAGUGUAUUUAGGUUCAUGUUUGAAAGUAGUCUAAUUCUACCUUUUGUUAUGGAUGACUGUUAAAACACUGUUCUUUCAAAUUCCAAUGUGUUUUUUCCCCACCCCAAAUUAAAACAAUGAUGUAUGUCA